UGAGAUACUCUGUCACAGACGUGCUUUAGAAUCGAACCCACCCGUGAGAGUGAACGUUAAACCGGUUUUUUCUUAUUUAACGUCUGUAACUCAUUGUUAAAGUUUAAACAAAACGCUGUGUGUUAAUUAAAAACACGUAAAUAAUAUUGCGAAAAAGAGCUGUUAAACUGUUGAAUGAAAUAAAAGUUCGUACAAGUGAAACUUCAUAUAUAACAAGGUGAUAAAAACGAAGUGGAACGUUAACAUUAUCGUUACGAGAUAUUUUUCAAAGACUGUUUAAUCGUUGGACAGCCGAGAGAUCUUUAAAACAAGUUGAAAUCAAAUUUUUAUUUAGUAGUUGUUCGAGAUAACGAAAACUAUUAAAAGUGUUCCAAAAGGAUACUUGAAUUCUAUGACAGGAUAAUUGUCUCCUCGCGUGUAGCAAAGAUGGCCGAGUUGAAGGAACAACCAAUCAGAAGGGAGCACGAUUCGAUGGACGAUUUUGAGCAUCUCGAACACGUCCAGGAUGGACAAUCAAGUCAUCUGGAGGCCCAUACGGAAAAAGUACAAGAAAAUCAGGAACACAGUUUAAACAUGGAAAAGGAUAUGAUUAAUUUUUCACCUAAUCAAACGGUAAACGAACCGGAAGAUCCUAGAAAAGCGACGCUGCUUCUGUUAGAGUCGGAGAAAGGUAUACCGGCCGCGGAGGAUAAUUUUGAGGUUAGACCGAAGGAACCGGAGCACGAUUUGUUGAUGGGUAAGAUAGAAGAUCAUUCAGAAGUUAUGAACGUUGAAUCGAUCAGCAAAAAGGACGAAGAAAAACAGAAACCUGUUGAAAAAGCAGAGAUUAAAGAAAAGAAAAUUGUUGAUCACGAACCGGCAGUCGUUUCUUCCACGGAAAAGAAAGCGGACGAUGCAUGGAAUGUUAUUGAAAAAUCUCAACCGAUUGUCGAAUCUAUUUCGAAGGAACCAAAAAAAGAUACCAGUGCCAGUGAAUAUGUGCUCGCUGAAACAGGAAAGAAGGAACAAAUCAGUGCGCCGGUAAGCAGGGAACUUGAAUUUGAAUCGGAACCAGAAGAAUCGCCGGCGAAAAGCUUCAAGUCUGUAAAGCAAGAUUCAAGAACGGAAAGAAUAGAAGAAGUGGAAAUCGCGCCAAAGGAGAUUUUCAGCAGCAUGGGAAUCGACGCAUGGUUUAACCCUGAUAGACUGAAUCCAAAAGUGGCAGCUUUAAUUUACUGGCGUGAUCCAAAGAAAUCAGGAGCCGUUUUUGGAUGCAUACUUGGAGUGCUUCUCUCGCUGGCCUACUUCAGUCUGAUAAGCGUUCUUGCUUAUCUCUCUCUCCUCGUCCUUACCGGCACCAUUGCCUUCAGGAUCUACAAAACCGUCCUACAAGCUCUACAGAAGACCUCCGAUGGGCAUCCUUUCAAAGACAUUUUGGAACUUGACCUGACGUUGUCCGCGGAGAAGGUGCACGAAGUCACGGUCGUGGCUGUUGCACAUGCAAAUGCAACGGUCAGCGAACUACGUAGGCUCUUCCUUGUAGAGGACUUUGUCGAUUCCUUGAAAUUUGGUGUUCUUCUUUGGUGCCUCACUUACGUGGGUUCUUGGUUCAAUGGCAUGACUCUGAUCAUAAUCGGAGUAAUUGCCCUGUUUACACUACCGAAGGUCUAUGAAACAAAUAAGGCACAAAUCGAUCAGAAUCUAGCCUUGGUGCAUGGCAAGAUCAAUGAGCUCACCGCUAAGGUGAAAGCUGCAAUACCGCUUGGUAAGAAAGAACCAACAAAGGAAGAAUAAACAACAAGAACAUACCACCACGCGGGGGCAAAAGAAACUUAAGCGAAUUUGUCGGGCAACUGGAGAAUCCAUGCAGGAAUGAAACGAAGAACAGUGCUGUAAACAAGUUGAAGAGAUGAGAAAUUUAUUUAAAAAACAAGAAAACACACACACACACACACACACACACAUACAUACAUAUACGUAUUGUUCAGUGGAGAAUCGCGAGGGAAAAUGCUUGCGAGAAAAUGUCGAACAAUUGAAGAAAGAAAAAUAACAGUGGAAAUAAACAUAUAGCAUACUACGAAAGAGAAAGAUUGUAGGAAAGAGUUCGUUAGUAUGUUAAGGUUUAAUCUAAUAAAGUAAAUUUUUUUAAAUUCUGGAAUUAUCGAAUACGAACGAAAAAAGUAAUAAAAGUAGCAUCAGUAGAGAAGCAUGGCUUACGAAGAACUGUAACGAGAAAGUAUUCAAAAUAUAUAUAUAUAUAUAUAUAAGAAAAUGAAGGUAAUAAUAGAAUCUCUAAAAAUUCUGAAAGAGUGAGAAAAAAAGAUAUAAGUAUGAACAGAAAUAGAAAUGUUAAAAGAAAAGUCGAAAGGACAACGAAAAGAACGUAAACACACAGUCUUCUGAUGUUUAGUCAUGGGCAGCUGGAUUUCAUUGUCCGACGAUGUCGUAAACGCGAGUUUUCCUUUUCUGGAACUACAAGAUGUCCCUGUUGAUGGAAAUAAACAAAAAGAAGUAACGUUUAGCGAUUAUGUUAAUUCGUUGCGAUACGAGAAGCGAUAUAGAGUUCUUUAUUGUACUCUAUUACAGAAAUCAUGAACGGUGCAAUGCGUGUGUUUCUUAGGGGUUUCCUCCUGGUUUUUCUUCCCCCCUCCCCCGCCCCAUUUUUUUGUUGCUUUUCCUCGCACUCUCCUAUAAGAACCCGAACUGAUUUUCUUCUUCAGAUGACCAAUGGUAUGCGGCUCCAUUAAAAUUGAUCGUCGUUCAACUUUUCAAAAAGUUUCUUCAUUCUGAAACAGAAAGACAACUAAUUGUCAGAAGAAAGAAUAAAUAAACAAUACGUUUGAUUUUAUAUACAGAAUAAUAAUGAUGAUUUAAUCAGGAAUAGAUAAAGACUUUUUUGUUGCAUUAGAUUUGUUUAACGGUAGUUUCAUCUACAAAAAAAGUUGAAGUUAAUUUGUAAAACAUGUAAUGAUUUAAUCAUUUUGAUGCAGUGUAUUAUUUUAGAUGAAUUUUCUGAAUUUUUUUUUUUUAUUUAAAGUUAAACGAGGUAUAAUAAAAUCUACACUUUAAUUUGAAAAAUCGACAUAGAUUCUCAAAGGAAUAGAGAUGAAACAUUCUUUUCAUGAAAAUAAUAUGUGAAUUAUAUUACUAAUCAUUUUUUAUAUAUCAUCAAAUAUGUAUACUAUACUUGUCAUCUAUUUAAAAAAUUAUAUAAAAAACGUUACAGUUUAAAAUAUAUAUAUCAUUGUUUUUUAUUGUAUUUUGUAAAGGAUUAUUCUUUAUAAAAAAGAUGCUUAUUGUAUCAAGAAAGACUUAAUUGGAAGAUACAGACUUACACAAUUUUAACCCAGGUAGAGAGACCUCUCAUGCUUUUUACUAAUGAUGUUUCAUAAAAACGAGCAGGAGGAAGGGUGAUUGUUAAUAAUUAUAAUCAAACAUAAAAUAAUGAAUUUUCAAUCCAUGCAUAUUGAUUUCCUUAAAACAUUUGUUUUGUGUGAAAAGGUAGAGUGUAUUAGAUGUUGCGCGUAUGGAUGAACGUGAGAAAGAAGAUGAAAGGUGUAAGAAGUUAAAAAAAAUUUGUUGUCAAUUGUUAACAAUGUUUCAAGUGUUGCAAAUCUUGAAUUACCAUUUUUUUUUUAAUAACAUUAAACAUUAACAUAUAUGUAGUACUAUUUAAUCAAAAAUCAAUUGAUUUUUAAUAUAUUUAAGGUUUCUAUGAAGUUUACAUAUAGUUUUACCAGUAAUGAAUUUUUGAUUAAAUUGUGUAUCCAGAAUGAAUUAAGAAUUAAUUAAUUUGUAUUAAAGUUAAAAUUUGUUUAUUUAAAAUAAAGUAAUUUUGAUUACUUUCAAGCUUGGCUAGUGAUCAAUUAAUAAUCUAUCAAACAAUUUACUUCAUCUCUCGUUUGUUAAUAUUAAACAUCGUUCAUGAUCUUUUAAAAAUUUGUAACAAGAUUUACAUUUUUCUUUUGCAAAACUUUUUGGUAGACCAAUAACGAUAGGAUUUGGUUGAGCAAAUGAAAGAAAUUUUUUGAAGAUCGCGCCGAUCAUGUUCAUUGAUGGAUCCGCAUAUCAUUUAUCUCUGUGUCCAUCGAUCAUAACUUUCGAAGACAGUGAGAAAACGACUACGAGUGCAUGUGUGUGUAUAUGAGUACGUGAGAAUAAAUAAUAGGCGCCGUCUGUUUUUUCUUCGGCGUUUUCGAAGAUUUUGUUUCUUCGAUCAAUACAAUUAUCGCUAUCACAUAACUAAGUGUAACUAUAUGGUUAAAACAUUACGAUGGAAAGUUGUUGGCUGAAUUGCGAAUUUUUAUUAUAAUAGUAUCGUUUCAAGUAAGAUCGAUGUUGGUACUGAAAUUCCGUUAGAGAUUUUAAAAAGCGUGUCACGUCGUUAAUUCGUUCAACGUAUAUACAUAUAUACUCAUACGACGAAUUUAAAAGCUUUCAGUUUUUGAAGUUUCAAUGCAGGGACACGAAUCAUUUAGGAUUUUAAUAUCUUUCAAGAUAUACGUUAACACGUUCCAGAUCAGACUCUGUGUAAUUUAACAUAUUUCAAAAACUGAAUGUUUUUAGAUUCCGUCAAAUUAAAGCUUGAAGCUUCAUUCAUAUAAUUGUUCACGACAUAACCCAAUUUAUAUCUGUAUCUGAACGAAAUUUUCUCGAGUACCAUAGUCGUUUUUUACUUUAAAAUACAGCGUCCAGAACGUGACGACUAUGAUGGAGCAAGAAUAGCAAGAGAAGUUAGAUAAAGAUGGGGAAAAAUCUUUUUCAGAAUGCGAAUUGUAAUACGCGUAUCGCUUAUUGACGUUUUCAUUAUUGCAUCUGCAUCCGCACGAUUAAUUUAUAAAUAAAUUAUAUUAAAUAAAACACUUAAUUGUAA